CAUUAAUAUUCAAAAUUUUGAUGUAUUAAAAAGUUUGGAUACCUAUACCAAAUGAUUUUAAAGCUAAAGAUGAACAUUUAUAUAUUUAAGGGGAAUUUACUAAGGAAAAUGGCAAGAUAAUAGUCCUCUAUGGUUAUGAUCAAUACAUACUAAUUUCAAAGGUAAUAAAUAGAUUAGCUAUUAUAGAGAGACUCUCAAGCUAACAAGUGCAUAAAACUUGAAUUUGAUACAAAAUUUGAAAUAUUGAGAUAGGCUAUUCCAAAAAAAGAAGACGAUGAUGAUAUUCUAGGUCCAAUCGUAGGCUUACAAUUUUUAAGAGAUUGUGAUGAAAAAAUGAUUAAAUUGAGAUUAAAUGCAUCAGCUUAACAGAUUAAUGAAUGGAGAUCAUACUUAGGAGGAAGAAUUAAUUAAUGGUAAUUUCAUAGUAUGUUCAGAGUGUUUAAAAAAAUAGGGAAAGGAAAUUUUGCAAGUGUAAAUAAAUAAAUGUUAUAAAAUAAGGUUUACUAAGCAGAGAGGAUAGAAGAUAACUAAUAAAUGGCUAUUAAAGCAUUUGCAAAGUAAAGUGCUUAUGCAGAAGAAAAUGGAAAAAAUGCAAUUAUAAAUGAAUUGAAAAUAAUGCGGAAUAUAAAUAAUACCCAUUUAAUGAAAUUAUAUGAAGUUUAUGAGACUAACAAUUCUUUAUAUUUAGCUUUAGAAUUAUUAGAAGGAGGAUCAUUAUAUGAUUUAAUCAAGGAGAAAACUUAAAUAACCACAAAGUAAAUAUAACAGAUAAUUGUUGGUAUACUUUUAGGACUUUAGGAAAUGCAUAGAAAAGAAAUAAUGCAUAGAGAUUUAAAAUUAGAAAAUAUAUUAUUUAAGAAACCUAAGUAUAUAAGAAUUAUAAUAUAAUUUAGAAAGAUGGAAUCAGUAGUGAUUGCUGAUUUUGGAUUGGCAACAUAUGUAAAUGAACCAGUUUAUUUAUAUUGUCGAUGUGGAACUCCAGGAUUUGUAGCACCAGAGGUUAUUAAUAUUAAAGAUAUGAACUCUAAAUAUUCUUCUGUGUGUGAUAUAUAUAGUCUUGGAUUAGUAUUUUAUUUAUUACUUACUGGUAAAUCUGCUUUUAAUGGAAAAAGCUAUUCUACAGUAGUAAAAUAAAAUAGAGAAGCAAAUAUUAACUUUGAUAUUAAACAGUUAUAAAAUAUUUCUGGUUAUGGUAUUGAUUUACUUAAAUAAAUGCUUGAAAAAGAUCCUACUAAAAGAAUAACAGUUGAAAGAUGUCUUAAUCAUCCUUUUUUAUAUGAUAUAGUUACAUAAAUUAUGGAAGAUGAAAAUUAAGAUUAAAGUUUUGACGAAAUUGAUGAAAGAGUUGAAAUUUAGUCUAUGAUGAAUAAAAUUAAUGAUGAGUAAUAUUUAAUAUGUAUCUUAGAUAUUCGAAAUUCGAUAUUACUAAAAAUGUGAAUUCUCCUAUCUAAUCUCCAGGAUUAGUAUUAUAAAAGGGAAUAAAAUAAUAAAAAUAAAUUGAUUCGUAAAAAUCUGUUGGGUCUGAUUCGCCUUUAAUUAAAACUAAAAUUUAAUCUGUUGAUAGUGCUUAGACAAUAGGAACUCCAACAAAAAAAUCUAAUAUAUAAUAACCAUCACCAUAAAUAAAACCAUCGAAAUUUUCGAAACAAGCUCAAAAUAAUCCUUUAUUAAAAUAUGCAAAAAAGGAUUGAAUAGAAUAAAUAUAGCAAA